UCAUCUGCCGCGGCUCCACGAAAAUGGUGGAAACGGCCCGCUCCACCAAUCCGAAGCGGCCCGUUUGCCUGUCUUGCUCCAAGCCGGCGCGCACGUGCCUCUGCACCCGGAUCCGAUCUCCGGGUCUCGACCAUUCCGUCCGCAUCACUGUCCUCCAGCACAGCCUGGAACGGAAGCACCCCCUCAAUUCCACUCGAAUCUUGAGGCAAGGGCUCAAUAACGUCGUCGUCGCUGCCGUUUGCGACGUCAACUCCGGCGCCGAGUUCUCGAUCUCGACGCUCGAGCAAGAUUCCAAAGUCAGCGCCAAUGGAUUGGUAUGCGGAGUGGAGGUGGGAAGCCCUAAUUCGGUCGUCGAAUCGAAUGGAGCUCAUUGUCCUGGGGAUGAUAGGGACUGCGGUUCGAUUGCCCCGAACGGUGGGGAGCUUUCGGAGGAUUCCCAGGUGCUGCAGAACUCGCGCGCUAGUGGAGUAUUGUCUAGAAGUACUAGCAAACCUGUUAUCAGUUUUCGAAUGGGCAAGAAGGGGAUUAUCGAAUCGAUAGACCACGUUUGGAUGUCUCGAAUCAGUCAUCGAGGAGCUGACUUUGAUGCCAUAUUAGAUUGCCAGUCAGCUCGUGAUGUUCUGUCGAAUGGAUUUGUGGUUAGGAAAUCGCAAAACCUUGUAUCGAAUUCGAGCUUGGAGCUUGAAGAAUCUGAGGAAUUCGUACUUGAGGUGCCGCGCAGGUCGGUACUUCUGUUUCCGACCAAGAAUGCGCUCAGCAUUGAUGAACUCAAGGCAGCUGAGUUCAAAGUCAGGAACUUGAUCUUGCUGGACGGCACGUGGAUGAAGGCAAAGAGAAUGUACAGCGAGAAUCCUUGGUUGAAGCUGUUGCCUCAUCUGAAGUUGGAUUUGGAGGUGAUGAGCUUGUAUGGAGAAGUUAGAAGUCAGCCUAAGGCUGGAUGUUCGUCCACUCUCGAGAGUGCCAUCUACGCGAUGAAGGCGGUUGGGGGCAGUCCGGAGGGACUGGAACAACUGUUAGAUGUUUUCGAGUCUGAUGGUCGAUGAUUAGAGACGAUGUAAAGAUGAAAGAUUGGGUAAAUCUACUUCAGAGAAUCCCUAUGCAGAUUCAGCAAAUCUAAAACGAUGCUGGAAAUAGAGGAUGUGUACCUUGAAGAACAGCUUUUUAAACAGCGGGAUUCUUUGAUAGAAGACGCAGCAUAAGAGUCAUCAGAACAGGCACGUGAUCAAGUCUUGAUAAGGAGUGGCAAUGCGCUGCUCUAGUUUUGCUUUCUUCUCCUGUACAAGGCUACAAGCUCCUUCAGCAGAUCUUGGACCCUAGAGCUUGCACAGAGGCUCCUACUGUAGUGUGUGAAUGGCGGCUUUACCGGUAUCGACCACAUUGCCUCUAUCAUUUCUUGAAAAUUUUGCAAGAAUUCUCUCUUUCAGAUCUUUCCUCGACACCGAAGAUAAGAGAGCAUAUAAAGUUGAAUGUAAGGUUUUUCAUCAGGGGCCAUGCCUAUAGGAAAAAUCAAAACACUAGAGUCAUUUACUCUUAUUUUGUUUAUUGAAGAGAUUAUUUGCACUUUUAAUCUAUGCAUUCAUUCUCUUAGUCGAUAGAUGCGGAGGCCAUACAAGUGUGAACACCAGUUAUAUGAGAGAAUGAGUGCAUACGCCUUAAUUAUCUUAAACUUGUCAUGUAUUGGAUAUAUCUCAAACAGAUCAAGGCAACAGUGGGAGUUUUACAGAA